UUCAACCUCCUUACGCGUCAUCAUCAUCCUUACAUGGAGGUUUCUCUUCUUCUCCCAAUCAUUAUUCCUUAAUCUUUUUUUUUUCCUCUCUAUCAUCUCUAUCCAAAUCUCCCAAAACCUAUCUUUUCAAUUUGAUAUCUAUUGUUCAUUCGUUUCCUUUCCACCAUUCUUGGAUCCAAAAGCCACAAGGGGCUUCAUUCACGAGCCUCUGAGAGAUCUCCAAUACCAUCUGGCUGAUAUGUGAAACCUUUAUAUCAUAGAAUUUGUUAUUUGUUUGUGUGUGUAAAAGUUGAAUUAGGGGAAGAUAAGAAGCGAUCAUGUCCUUUAGAUCACAAUCGACAGGAAGCAGUCAAUUCGCGGAGAAGAUAACAGAGGAUCCUGUAACGUAUAAGACGGCACAAAGCACCGUGACAUGCAUGUACCAAACGCAUAUAUCCGGAUUCUGGAGGAAUGUUACGGUUCUAUGGUCCAAGAAUCUCAUGAACCAUUCGCUUACGGUCAUGGUUACAAGCGUGGAAGGCGAUAUGAAUUAUUGCUGCAAGGUUGAUCUAAAGCCAUGGCAUUUCUGGAACAAGAAAGGCUACAAGUCGUUCGAGGUGGAAGGUAACCCUGUGGAGGUGUAUUGGGAUUUCAGGUCAGCGAAAUUCACGAGUAGCCCCGAGCCAAGCUCGGACUUCUACGUGGCUCUAGUCUCCGAGGAAGAGGUGGUUUUGUUGGUGGGUGAUUACAAGAAGAAAGCUUUCAAGAGAACAAAGUCGAGGCCCGCUUUGGUCGAGGCUGCCUUGUUUUACAAGAAAGAGAAUGUGUUUGGUAAGAAGUGUUUUUCGACGAGGGCUAGAUUUUACGACAGGAAAAAAGAGCACGAGAUCAUCGUGGAGAGCUCGAUCUCGGGGCCUAAAGAGCCAGAGAUGUGGAUAAGUAUAGAUGGGAUUGUGUUGGUACAGGUCAAGAAUCUGCAAUGGAAAUUCAGAGGGAAUCAGACCGUGCUGGUAGAUAAACAACCGGUUCAAGUGUUUUGGGAUGUGUAUGAUUGGUUAUUCAGCUCGCCAGGGACAGGUCAUGGUUUGUUCAUAUUCAAACCAGGGACCAACGAAGACAGCGACAUGGAAGGAAGUGGUCACGGUGGUGGAGAGAGCGAUACAAGCAUAGGGAGCAGGUAUUAUUCGACCAAGAGUAGCUCUUGGCCGCCCGAGUUUUGCCUCUUUCUUUAUGCUUGGAAACUUGAAUAGUAGUUUUUCAAAAAAGAGAAGCUUUUGUCUGUUAUAUUUUUUUGUCAGCAACAUGCAACAUGACAUAACGAUAACAUUAUCGUGGUGCUUUUGUCUAUUCUCUUAUUGUUGUUUCUUGUGGCUGUAAAUCAUUCUUCCUCUUCAUCAUUUAUUGACAAAGACAACAUCACCGU